AUGGAUGCGAAACUUGUCAGCUUGCAGUUAACUUCGCGUGAAACACCUGCAUCAGCCCAGGCACGACAGCUAACCGGAAUCCGAUCACUCACCAAGCGCCAACCACCACAUGCCGCAAGCCCGACCAAAAAGGCACCGCCGCCCAGACCAUCCUCUCCUCUGCCCCGCGAAGACAUUGUUAUGGGCCAAUUAAUUCAAGCCAUCGCACCGCCCUCCCAGCAGCCACGAAACCUGAUUAUAGGUUGUGCAUAG